CCCACAGCAAACUGCAAGGAAGUUUCCUCCUCUUUCAACUUCACGUGGUUGAAGGGAAAUGACUUUUUCCUGAGCAUCAUUUCCACUGGAUCUGGGCAAGGGAAGAGACACCAGCCUGGCUACCCAGCAGGACAGAAGGCAGGGUCCCACACUGCCCACUAUACUCUGACUGCACGUGAGUCGCUCAGUCUGUGACUUAUUCACUCCCAGGAGCCACGCAGAGCUGCAGUGUGGAUGAAGUCGGCCUGCAAACCCCACAGCCCUCCGGCGGGGGUGCGUGGCACGCCUCCGUGCACGGGCGCAGCCGAGCGCGCAGUCUCCUGCGCCGGGCCCGGGCGGCUGGAGAGCGCUGCACGAAGGCGCCUGGCGGCCAACGCACGCGAGCGGCGCCGCAUGCAGGGGUUGAACACCGCCUUCGACCGGCUGCGCAGGGUGGUGCCGCAGUGGGGCCAGGACAAGAAGCUGUCCAAGUACGAGACGCUGCAGAUGGCGCUAAGCUACAUCGUGGCGCUCACGCGCAUCCUGGCCGAAGCGGAGCGGGACUGGGUGGGGCUGCACUGCGAGCAGCAGCGGGGUCGCGAUCACCCCUACCUCCCAUUCCCGGGUGCUAGGCUCCAGGCCGAGUCCGAACCCUACGGGCAGAGGCUCUUCGGCUUCCAGCCUGAGCCCUUCCCCAUGGCCAGCUAA